AUGACGGAGAGGCCAUUCAUCAAGGAGAAAGUGGCCAGCUUGUUCGUGGAGGUAGUAAAGCGCGAGUGGCCCGGUACUUGGGACGAUAUGGAUGUGUUCCUGAGACAGAUGUUCUACAAAGACGAGACAACCAGGGAGAUGUCGUUGUUCAUUUUGAGGUCGCUUUGUGAAGACGUGUGCAUCUACGACGACCCCGUUGCUGGACUAAGAAAGAAGGAUCUGAGGGCAGGAUUGCUGGUCAUUAUGUCAAGUGAGGCGAUCCUCCGUGAGCACUACCCUGACGGCGUCAAAGGACACAAAGACGAAGUGACCCUCAUGGUGGGCGAACAAGGCAACGAUGGCUGGCUGAAUCGGCUUUCUGUUCUACUCCAGGAGCUCUUACCUAGAUGUCAGACGGAAGCCAAAACACCUGCGGACGAAAAAAUCGCCGUCGCCGCUUUGAGGACGCUGUCGGCCACAUUGGACUGGGUUAUUAGUUCGUCUGUUUCCUCCACCUCUGUAGUCCCUUUGAUCUGUCAAGCUACCUUGUCGCCUUCUGAGAAAAUCCGCUUAGCCGGUGCAGAGUGCUAUGAUGUCCUGUCGAGCAGGAAUUUGUCAGAGCAUGAACGCGAAAAGAUGAUCUGGCCAUUGCUGGACGACGGCGGAAUCGAUCUCAUCUCCAAGGCGUACCUGACACAUUCGAACCAAGCCUUACAGGGUGACUCGUACUUGUUUCUCCAGAAGAUGGUGCAGGUCAGGAGAGCUAUCACACAUGCCACCGUUAACCUCGGGGAGCAACAACUGUGCGCCAAGCGAAACGCUCGCGUGCCAAAGGAACUGACAAAAUUCCUACAACUGUUAUAUGCAAUGGCCUCUCACCCUUCGGUCAACCUCUCUUCGUUUGUUUCUUUUUUCUGGACAACGCUGCUUCGUCACGACACCUUCUCCAAGGAGCCUACUGUUCAUGCGUUCAUUCCACCCCUCCUAGAACUCUACUCUGGCGUUCUUGCAAAGGAUUUUGAGUACAGGAGAGAAUCAGAUCCAGCCUAUGCGCACUUUGUCGCCCAAGACUUUGAAUCCCCCUCCGACUUUCGUACCAAAGUUGGCAGCAUCUUUCAAAAGGCUGUCGAUGUCAUCCACCUUGGUGUGCCGAUCGUACCCCUACCCGCUUUUGUUUGGGUAGCCAACAAGGUCUCGGACGCAUUGAAAAUCGAGUUUCCAGCUUCCACGAAUGUCAAGAAUACGAUUCAGUUCCAGACAUUCGACGGUGUACUCACCUUGAUGGAGGUUGCUAUAUCUAGUCUUACCGAUAUUAUCAACGACAACGCCAACCCACAGUCUGCAGAGAUUCUAGCGGCUAUGAACGCUCUCCUAGGGUUGCUCAUUGAGUACGAUGGCAAGUGUCCAGCAGCAUUGGAGAGGAUUGCCGCAUCUCUGUCGUCCUACACCGAUAUGUUCAAGUUGAACUCCACUCUUUUAUUCCGUUGCCUGGACAAGCUCUUCAAAUCCGUCGAGUAUCCAGUGUCAAGCAAAGGAUAUCUGGAAGUCCGCGAGUUGCGCCAUCGUUCUGGAAUUACCUUGGUCAAGAUUGGCAAGGCCAUUCCCAACACACUCUUCCCGAUCUAUGGAGAAAUCGACGCAGCAAUCCAGCGUUUGAUUCAACAGGGCGCCAUCUCCGGGGGAGAGAAGAAGACGCUUCUCAGUUUCCAGCUUGUCAUUGGAUUUAAUGCUGGCAUGGCCUUGGAACGCAGCACCAUUUUCGAAAAAGUGGUUGGUCCAGUGGCUCUCGGUUUCCAGUCGGCAGAACUAGAGGAUAUUCUUUCUGAUCCUGCCAAGUUUAUGGCAUUCAUUGGAGCAAUGGAGCUGUCGGAAGCAUCGAGCAAGAAUCUUCAGGGACAAGAGGUCGGGCAGCUGGGGACAGCCAUUGCUCAACGCCGCGCAUUGUUGUCAUGGUCUGUCGAUGCGCUUGUGACAUUUAUGAGAGAGACAAUGGAUUCAAAGGAGAGCACCAGGAAAGAACUCUGGGCUGCGUAUUUAGGGCCAAUGUUGCCUAACCUACUCUCCACCAUCCGCUGCCUGAACGCAAUAUGCGACGAGCAAGCUUGGGCUGGACUUUCUCCUGAGAUGAACCGUGUGCUGGUGUUGUCUCCGGAGGAGAAGGAAUUCAUGGUGACAGGGAAAGCUCCAAGAUCCACUUCAGGAGAGUCGGCACUGACUGUGAUCAAACUUAUUGCCGAUCUCAAGACAUGGCUCUCGGUCCUACGCGAUCACUGCUACAAGUUCUUGGCUCAGCUCACUACCCUUGGCGCCGCGUUUUACUCGAUUCCUUCUCUUCAGACGAUUCUCGAGCAGUCCCUCUUUGAGCAUGUCGAGAAUCUCACUAACCGACAACUGCGGCUGCUUAUUAAUUCUGCGGUACUACCCAUUGUGAUCAACUGCCCGGCAGAGUACAUGGAUUCAACGCUUUCGCAUUUGUUGGUAGUGCUUUUCCCAUACCUUGACCAACGACUUGAACGAGACUGGAAGGCGGCUGCUGCUGACGGACUGGUUAUGGACGAGCAAGAUGAUCCAGAGGACUUGGAUGUAUCUGACGAGAUCGUCAAGGAGAUGAUGCUCAGGGACUUGACGUACUAUGUGGCCAACUUUCUCUUUGCCGUCCUUGAUUUUGGACGUCAAAAGGGCGCCGGCGCAUCUGGCACGCUCAAGGAGUUGACACCCCUUGCCUUGUACAUCCUGUCCAACAAUGCCAUCGCUCAGUCCGUGAUCCCUCUUUUCUGUCGAAUCAUCACCUACAAGGACACCAAGAGCUGUACUCGCUCUGCAGAGACAGCGUUAUGUGUCUUGGGUGCUCUUGUGCAGUCGUAUCCAAGGACGCAGACCAUCAUCGGUGACUUUGCGACCAUGGUCCUUCAAGCUGCCUUGGAGGCCCUCCACGACCCAUACCAUCAAGAAGGACAAGAGAAGCUGAUUUUGCUUAUCACGGAAGUGUACGUCGAGGUGCGAGCCUUUAAUGAGGCACCCAAGGCCGUCUUUCAGCGAGCAUCGGGUGCCGACGCUUCCAGACUUGAGGCAUUUGAGCAAGAACUGUCUAUGACUACGAACAAAACCAAGAAGCAUGCUCUUGUCCGCAACUUUCUGCAAGGCAUCAUCGGGGUCGCCAAGUCGGAAUGGUUCAAGCAAAAGGAGCAAGGCGAUAAGCCAGUGCCAGUUCGAACCAUUGCAGGAUCGUACGAGCGUCCCUCGCAAAACGUUAUGGACUCUGAGCAGUACGAGGAUAUUGGCGAUGGGCUGGCGUCUCUGUUUGACGAAUGA